AUGCCCUGUGUGUAUGCUGUAUGCAUGGAAGCCAAGUACUUGAGGAGCGAGACCGCCUUUCUGGAAGAGUUGGUGUUUGGAAAUGGAGAUACCAUUGAACUUUCCUGUAACACCCAGGGCUCUUCUGUCUCUGUUUUCUGGUUUAAAGAUGGUAUUGGAAUUGCACCUACCAACAGAACUCAUAUUGGACAAAAACUGUUGAAGAUAAUCAACGUGUCAUAUGAUGACUCGGGGCUGUACAGUUGCAAGCCAAGGCAUUCCAACGAGGUCCUGGGAAACUUUACAGUCAGAGUUACAGAUUCCCCUUCGUCAGGUGAUGAUGAGGAUGACGAUGAUGAGUCAGAAGAUACAGGUGUCCCCUUCUGGACCCGGCCAGAUAAGAUGGAGAAGAAGCUGCUGGCAGUUCCCGCCGCCAACACCGUUCGCUUCCGAUGUCCGGCGGGGGGGAACCCCACUCCUUCCAUCUACUGGCUGAAAAAUGGCAAGGAGUUCAAAGGGGAGCACAGGAUUGGGGGCAUUAAGUUGCGACACCAGCAGUGGAGCCUGGUGAUGGAGAGCGUUGUGCCGUCGGAUCGGGGCAAUUACACCUGUGUCGUGGAGAACAAAUACGGCAACAUUAGGCACACCUACCAGCUUGAUGUCUUAGAAAGGUCACCCCACCGACCAAUCCUGCAGGCAGGGCUCCCUGCCAACCAGACUGUGGUGGUAGGGAGCAAUGUGGAGUUCCACUGCAAGGUGUACAGCGAUGCCCAGCCUCACAUCCAGUGGCUGAAACACGUGGAAGUCAAUGGCAGCAAAUAUGGACCCGAUGGGACCCCGUAUGUGACAGUGCUGAAGACGGCAGGUGUUAACACAACGGAUAAGGAGCUAGAGAUUCUGUACUUGCGAAAUGUUACUUUUGAGGAUGCUGGGGAAUAUACUUGUCUCGCAGGGAAUUCUAUUGGGUUCUCACAUCACUCUGCUUGGCUGACGGUGCUACCAGCUGAGGAGCUCAUGGAGAUGGAUGAUUCGGGCUCAGUGUACACUGGCAUUCUCAGUUAUGGCACUGGCUUUUUCCUCCUUCUCCUGGUGCUGGUCUUGGUGAUUGUCUGGAGGACGAAAAUGCCAAACAAAAAAGCCAUGAACACCCCCACUGUUCAGAAAGUCUCCAAAUUCCCACUCAAGAGACAGGUGUCGCUGGAGUCCAACUCUUCCAUGAACUCCAACACGCCGCUGGUGCGCAUCACGCGCCUCUCCUCCAGCGACGGGCCCGUGCUGGCCAACGUCUCCGAGCUGGAGCUGCCUCCCGACCCCAAGUGGGAAUUGACACGUUCUCGCCUGACCCUGGGGAAGCCGCUGGGCGAGGGGUGUUUCGGCCAAGUGGUGAUGGCAGAAGCAAUAGGGAUUGAUAAGGACAAGCCAAACAAGGCCAUCACGGUUGCUGUCAAGAUGUUAAAAGAUGAUGCCACAGACAAAGACCUUUCUGACCUGGUGUCUGAGAUGGAAAUGAUGAAGAUGAUUGGGAAGCACAAAAACAUCAUUAACCUCCUCGGAGCCUGCACGCAGGACGGACCACUCUAUGUGCUGGUGGAAUACGCGUCGAAGGGGAACUUGCGGGAAUACCUCAGGGCACGUCGCCCCCCUGGCAUGGACUAUUCCUUUGACACCUGCAAGCUGCCCGAGGAGCAGCUGACCUUCAAGGACCUGGUUUCCUGUGCCUACCAGGUGGCACGGGGCAUGGAGUACUUGGCAUCUCAGAAAUGCAUUCACCGCGACCUGGCGGCCAGGAACGUGCUGGUCACCGAAGAUAAUGUGAUGAAAAUUGCUGAUUUUGGCCUCGCUAGAGACGUUCACAACAUUGACUAUUACAAGAAAACCACCAAUGGUCGGCUGCCUGUGAAAUGGAUGGCUCCAGAAGCCUUGUUUGACCGGGUCUAUACUCACCAGAGCGAUGUCUGGUCUUUUGGAGUGCUACUAUGGGAGAUCUUCACUUUGGGAGGGUCUCCAUACCCAGGAAUUCCCGUUGAGGAGCUCUUCAAGCUCUUGAAGGAAGGCCAUCGGAUGGACAAACCUGCAAACUGCACCCAUGAUUUGUACACGAUCAUGCGGGAUUGCUGGCACGCCGUCCCCUCGCAGCGCCCCACCUUCAAGCAGCUGGUGGAAGACCUGGACAGGGUCCUGACCAUGACCUCCACGGAUGAGUACCUGGACCUGUCGGUGCCCUUCGAGCAGUACUCGCCGGCCGGCCAGGACACGCACAGCACCUGCUCCUCAGGGGAUGACUCGGUCUUUGCACACGACCUGCUGCCCGAUGAGCCCUGCCUGCCCAAGCACCCGCCCUGCAACGGCGUCAUCCGGACGUGAGGAGCCCGGGCGCGGGCGGACGGACGGACGGACGGACGGACGGGCAGGGUGCCCGUGGAGGCGCGAGCGUGGGGCGCCGAGCGUGAAACCCUAGUGAAGGAUCUUCCAGUGGAACUCUGUGAUGGUGCCUGGAGAUUUGUGUUGUUGACAAGCUGUUCAGGGUAAAAAC